AUGAGAAGGGCCGGGGAUGAGGUGAGGAAGGGUGGCGAGGAACUUGGCGAUGGGGACAACAGGAAUUGCUGCUGGUGGCGCUCGGGUCCAUGGGACGCGAAAGCCGAGGUUGAAGGCGAGGCACAUGGAAGGUCUGGGCGCGGCAUCGAGAAGAAACAGGAGGAGAAGCGCGCGAGAGAAGAGGUGCUCCGACGGGACUACUUGCUGACGAUGGCCGGAGAUAGAGGCGGGGCCCUCGGACUCGAGCAGUGGUGGGGCGCAUUAGCCGCACGGAGGCGGAGAGCUUGGGGCGCUGGCGGCGUCCUCAGGAAGGAGAAGGGGGAGCAAGCACAAAUGAAACACACGAUGAUCACGAAAAUAUGGAAGUCUUCUGAAGCGUCGGUCUCGGGGCGUUACAACACUCCACCACUACAAGAGGAUCUUGUCCCGAGAUCUAGGAUGGCACCGGGGAGAAACGGAAGAGGAAGAGGAAUUGAACAUGAACUAGACAAGAUGAAAGGAUACUUGAAAAGAGGUCACGACACUCCGGUUGAAUGGAUAAGCACGAAAAGAACAUGGUCCUCACAAUCCGAGAUGAUGAGUGAAGAGAGCAACAUCACAAUGCUUCCGGAAGAAAGAAUAGAAGAUAGCUCAUUGGAAUAA